AUGAACCGAGUUCAGUUUAAAGUAAACGGUGUUCCAUAUUCAGUGGGAUGCGAGGUGAGCUCGGACGUGACACUCCUGGACUACGUCCGCGACGAGAUCGGGCUGAAGGGCACCAAGUACAUGUGUCGCGAGGCUGGGUGCGGCGCGUGCGUGCUCAGCGUGCGGCGCGGUGACACACCAUCCUACAGCGUCAACUCGUGCAUGAUGCCCGUAGUGUCAUGCCAUGGUUUGGAGAUAACAACUAUCGAAGAGUUGGGGGACAGGAAGAAAGGCUACCACGCGCUGCAGACGACCCUGGCGGAAGACCACGGCUCCCAGUGUGGGUACUGCUCACCUGGCUUGGUCAUGUCUAUGUACAGGUAA